GGCUGAUUGAAAUGUUGACUUGACGAACGAACUGUCAACUUUGUGAAAUUCUUUUAUUUUUUGCCAUGACCAGUUAUUUGUGAGUUGUGGUUUUGUAAUGUGUAGUGUUCAAUAGUUUCACAUGAAUAUUUAUACAUUAUCACCAUGAACGGGUUAAGUUUUAGUGAACUUUGUUGCCUGUUUUGUUGUCCGCCAUGCCCGGGGAAAAUUGCUGCUAAGCUUGCGUUCCUGCCUCCAGAACCCACGUAUGCAUUCACGCCCGAUGAAACUGGAUCGAAGUUUUCACUGACUCUAACAGAACGUGCAGAAUGGCAGUACUCGGAGAGAGAAAAAGAAAACAUCGAGGGUUUCUACUCGAGAACAUCAAGGGGGAACAGAAUAGCUUGUCUCUUUGUUCGUUGCAGUCCUAACGCGCGUUUUACCAUAUUAUUCUCGCACGGAAAUGCUGUGGAUCUCGGACAAAUGAGUAGUUUUUAUUUAGGUUUAGGUACUAGAAUAAACUGUAAUAUAUUCAGUUAUGAUUAUUCUGGGUAUGGUGUCAGUGGUGGGAAGCCUUCAGAGAAGAAUCUUUAUGCCGAUAUAGACGCUGCUUGGCAGGCAUUGCGGACGCGUUAUGGCAUCAGCCCAGAAAAUAUAAUUCUAUAUGGGCAGAGCAUUGGGACCGUACCCACAGUAGACCUGGCUGCUCGCUACGAGGUGGGCGCCGUGGUGCUGCACUCGCCGCUCAUGUCGGGCAUGCGUGUCGCCUUCCCCAACACCAAAAGAACUUGGUUCUUUGAUGCCUUCCCAAGUAUCGACAAAAUUCCAAAGGUGACCUCUCCAGUCCUUGUCAUACACGGAACUGAAGAUGAGGUGAUCGAUUUCUCCCACGGGCUCGCUAUCUACGAGCGGUGCCCACGAGCUGUUGAACCCUUGUGGGUGGAGGGUGCAGGGCACAAUGACGUUGAGCUUUUCAACCAAUAUUUAGAGAGGCUGAAACGUUUUGUUUCCGUCGAGUUGCUCAACUGACAAAGACUGCCGGCCACAGGCCAGACUACUCAAGGCGAAGACCAAAAUCCCGCUUCUACUUUGAGUUCCGGGACCUCCAGUUCGGCGACAGAGAGACUCCUCUAGCUAGCGGGGGCCGGGCCAAGUCGGACCGGCCCCAUCAAAAACUCAACUAACGCUAAGGGCUCAACGCCCCACGACAAAGGCGAGAGCGACGGGAACGAGACCGCCGGCAACGCGCCGGAGGAGCCGAGGAGUCCUCGCCCCGCCCACAACAUCAGCAUCAACGUGACCGACGCCGACUCGCCGUGCGUGCGCCGCCGCAUCCACCUGCGCUCGCUCAGCGACGUCACGCC